AUAAAUCUGCAAUACUCAAUUUGUUUCUAGUUGCAAAUAUGAAAGCGUAUUCACUUAUAUACUUCACCGUUCUCAUCUCACGUAUCCCUGGUAAACUCUUUGUAGACAGAAAUUCUUCACCUUCAUCAUGCAGUAAGCAUUUUUGUGAGUCACUGGAUAUAUUUGCUAACAUCGAAAAAAGUUUAAAGUUUUGUAACUCAAGAAAUGCGGUUUGCACAACUGAUAAUUGCACAACGUGUUCGUGUGACAAUAAUGAUGUAUUUGUAUCGUAUAAACAUGGUUGCAAAGAUACCUUUGAGGUGAAUCAGAUGUUUAAUGAUAGUUUCUCCUUUUAUGCUCGUUCUUAUGGCAUGGAUAUACCUCUUAUAAAUUCUAACUCGUUGUCAUAUCAACAGUGUGAAAGGCUUUCAGCAAAAGAUGACAAUAUAAAUGUAAAUGACUGUAAAAUAAGUGGUGUGUAUAGUAUUGAUGCUAUCGAUGGGCUGAAACAAAGUGUUAAAGAUCACCCAUUUUUAGUUCAACAAGCAAUGGUGAGAAAAAGGAUACUUUUUCAAUGUAUCCAGCAUCGACCUAAUGAACAAAAAGAUGAAGAAUCAAACUCACCUACAAUUUUAAUAAUUGUCAUUGUCACUGUUUGUUUGUGUUUGAUAAUAUUGUCAAUCUUAGCGGUUUUGCUGUUUCGUUAUCGCAAAAAAUUACGCAUAAGGAAGAAAAGUCAAUGCGCACAUUAUGUAGUGGAUGAAACAGGACAAGACAAUCGUUAUAAUGCUGUCAAUCCUGCAUAUGAAGAUGUAGAAACAAAAGUUAGUUCACAUGGUGAAUAUGCAACUAUUUCAAAUCAAGUGCUAAAGACAACAACUGAAGGGAAGAAAUCAGCGGAAAAUUUGUAUUAUAAGUCCACUGUUAUGGAUUCAAACAACAGUACAUUAGAUAAUACGCUAAGCCAAAAUAUAUAUGCAGAAUUAGAUGAAGGUUCAAAAUAAUAUCUGCACAAACAUUAGAUGUGUAGCUGGUCUACAUUUUGAAUUUGCUGGUUGUGCUUUAUCAUGAGCUGCUGAGUGAUUCGUGAUAAGUUGCACAUAAAUAUUUAAACUUUUUAUUUAUUAUAACUUUUAAAUUUUGCAUUUGUUGAUAGAUUUUUGUUGUUAUUACUUUAAAAAUGCUCAGCUGGUGUUUUGCGGGUUUGGUAUAUAAAUGUUCGGAAGGGAACACAAGGUGGUUUAUUGUAACAAUGAUCUAUAUUAUAAUGCCUGUAUAUGUCUGUCCGUCCGUCUGUCUGUCACGCAAAAUGGUAGCUUAGCUGCGACGGGCGAACUCGUGGAUUUUUCCACAGGCUAACAACUAGUAUUAUAUAUAAAGAGUUUUUUUAUUUCGAUAGGUGGAUCAGUGGGCAAGACAUUCUUUUAACCAAUACACUCAUGCAAAUAAUUCACAAAAAGUUAAGGCAAGUUUAAUUUAUUAGUUCUUCCUCAAGGUGUCUUAUGUGUGGAGAAUUUCCCGAAAAAGAGUGACAACAAAUAUAAAUAAAGACACUUUAAACCUAACUUUCUGUUUUUAUCACUGAAGACAGUUCAUGUUAUAGGCUCAUUUUCAUUUGGCUGCAUUUUUUGGUAUAGAGGAGAAAGCUAACAAGUUCAGGAAAAUUAGAGAUUGUUACUGUUUUUUAUACACAAUAGAACUUGUUUUUAUAUAAUUUUUAUAUAAUUUCAUGCUAUUUUUAAAUCUGAUUUUAUAACACAAAUAGCAUAAAUGAAUAAAUAAAUAAAUUUUAUAUUAUAACAGAGAAUAGUUUUUAAAAAUUUAUAUAAAUGAAUUUUAUAUAUUGUGAAUAUUUUCAACAUAUAAUUUUCGGGUUUUCAGAUUUUUAUAAAUACAAUGAAACAAUGAUGCAUUUUAUUUUUUUGGUUUUAAACAAAAUUUCCUUUACUUUUCAUUAUACUAAACUAACUUACAUGUAACAUAUAAACUUUCUUUGUAUAAAUGCCUUUCAUUGUCCCUAAGGAUUUUAAAAAAAUAAAGUUUCAAAUGGAGUUUAUGUGCACUAAAAAUGUAACUUCACAAUCAAAAUUAUUUGAAAACUCUUAAAAAUUCCAAGAUUACAGAUAAUUUAUCAUUAUCUACCUUUCUUAUCCUAACGCAGAGCAUCUGUUUUUCAAGAGAAGGCAAAAUGUCAAAAUUCAUCAAAAAGUAAUAAAUAGUCAAUCUGGGUAGAAAAGAACCAACCAUGUAACUUAACUGGUGUCUUUACUUUUUUUCUUUUUCAUGGGUAUAUAAGAGGCUUUGGUAUAUCAAUUUUUAAUGGUAAAAAAGGGGAAAUAAAUGUAAGGAAUUGUGAAGCUUGUGACAGGGAAGCUUUUAAAGUAAAGUUUUUAAAAAAUACUGUUAUGUUUACUUUUUUGUUAGACAAACGUUUGUGUUUGUGUAACGAAAUCUAAGGGAUAUAUAUAUCAGUCAAUAAUUGUUUAUGAAUAGAAUGUUUUAUGUAAAUGUUAAGUUCUUAAACAUAACUUGCACUUCUUUCUGUAAGUUGAGAUCAAACUUUAUUUUGAUGUCUUUAUCAUUGGGUGUUUUAUUUAAAAAAAUUGUUUCUAUCUGUAUUAUUUGUUAAUAUUUUUUGUCAUUUGUAUUUUUUAUUAUUAAUUUUUAUGGAUUCGUUACGCAUGUAAAGUCGCUAAAAUAUAUUUUUUUGAAAGAAAGACAAAAGUAUA